AUGGUGCUGACGGUGGACGUCAUGGGGCCAGCGCCCUGGGGCUUCCGGAUCACUGGGGGCAGGGACUUCCACACGCCCAUCAUGGUGACCAAGGUAACGGAGCGGGGCAAGGCCGAGGCAGCUGACCUCCGGCCUGGCGACAUUAUCCUGGCCAUCAACGGGGAGAACGCACAGGGCAUGCUCCACGCCGAGGCCCAGAGCAAGAUCCGCCAGAGCCCCUCACCCCUGCGGCUGCAGCUGGACCGGUCCCGGGCUGCCUCUCCCGGGCAGGCCAACGGGGAAAGCUCCCUGGAGGUGCUGGCCACGCGCUUCCAGGGCUCGGUGAGGACACACGCUGAUGGCCAGUCCUCCCUGCGGUCCUCCUGUUCCAGCCCAGCCUCCCUCAGCCCCCAGCCAGGCAGCCCCUCCUCCUCCCAGGCCCCCUCCAGCCCGCAGGCCCUCACUGGAGAGGCGGCGGCAGCGAGCAGCCGAAGUUUCCAGAGCCUGGCACACAACCCAGGACUCACUGCUGCCGACCGCCCCUCCUAUGGAGGACACCCCAGAAGCCGCCAGGCCGGCCUCGGCCGCGCUGGCGACUCGGCGGUGCGGGUGCUGCCGCCUUCCCCGGGCCCCCGGCCCUCCAGCCCCCAACUCAGGUACCAUAUGAAUUCGGAGAGGGGAAGCCACCCCCUGCGAGAGGACUCAGAGGUCUUCAAGAUGCUGCAGGAGAACCGUGAGGGGCGGGCGGCCCCCCGGCAGUCCAGCUCCUUCAGGUUCCUGCAGGAAGUCCUGGAGGCUGAGGAGAGAGGUGGCACACCUGCCUUCCUGCCCAGCUCCCUGAGCCCCCAGUCCUCGCUGCCCACCCCCCGGGCCCCGGCCACCCCGCCCAAGCUCCACACGUGUGAGAAGUGCAGCAGCACCAUCGCGAACCAGGCGGUGCGCAUCCAGGAGGGGCGGUACCGCCACCCCGGCUGCUACACCUGCGCAGACUGCGGGCUGAACCUGAAGAUGCGCGGGCACUUCUGGGUGGGGGACGAGCUGUACUGCGAGAAGCAUGCCCGCCAGCGGUACUCGGCGCCCAAAGCCCUCGCCUCCCAGGCCUGA